GCGCAUUUUAAUAUAUGUGAUCAUUUCGCGUUUAACCACGAAAGAGCGUGCGCGUCUUGUUUCAAUUAAAACGUCGCGUUAUCGCGAAUGUUUCUACAAGUUUGAUAAGAUCAUUACAUCACAGUGAUAAGAACCGUCAAGGACUAAUUUGUCUUACCGAUGAUCGAAUCAUCGCUAAAUUUCGAUAUGCUACGGUUGUAGUUAAAAGGAGUGUAAAACGAUAGACUUUGUUAUUUAAACUGUGUAAAUUGUUUGUGACUUUAAACUUGGAUGUGGUGGAUACACCAUGGGGACUGUGCCGAGAUUAAAGAUAACAGUGGUGGGCGAUGGAAUGGUUGGCAAAACCUGUUUACUAUAUGUGUACACGAGGAACGAAUUUCCCAAGGAAUAUGUCCCAACAGUAUUCGAUAACUACGUAGGACACAUCACAGUCGAUGGCCAAGAAGUGGAAAUGGCACUGUGGGAUACUGCUGGACAGGAAGACUACGAACGAUUAAGGCCAUUAUCCUACAAUAAUACACAUUGUUUCCUCGUAUGUUACUCGGUGGGAAGUCGGUCUUCGUAUGAAAAUGUUAUCCACAAAUGGUAUCCAGAAUUAAAGCACUUCAGUGCUUCAGUGCCUAUUGUACUUGUAGCGACAAAAACCGACUUGAGGGCAUCAGGCAAAGCUGUCAUUACAACACAAGAAGGAAAAACAUUAAAAAAGAAAAUACGCGCUGUCCAAUUAGUGGAAUGUUCGGCCUUGGAACGAGAGAACAUGCAUGAGGUGUUUCAAGAAGCAGUACGAGCAGCUCUUAAAAAAAAAGCUGUCCCGAAACGCACUUGUCAAUUCCUAUGAUAUUCUACUACUGUUUACGACAUAAACUAAUGUAUUAAAACACUCGUGUAGUAUUUCAA